AUGCCGGUUAUAUACGAACACGACGACCUAGUUAAGCGGGAUUUUGUAACUGACUUGACUCCAAGUGAUGACGAAAAAAAAACAUUAAUAAUUAUUGGAGUUUAUAUCAUAAUAAUUAUGAUUUUUUGGAAUGUUCCCAUAUUAAAAACCAUUCUUUACCCCCUCAAGUUGUUGACGGUUGCGCUCCACGAGUUUUCGCACGCCGCAGUGGGUUGUUGUACGGGCGCCAAAAUUCAAGGAAUAGAAGUUGAUCCAGAUGAAGGAGGAGUUACGAGAAUGCUGGGUGGAAUUCAAUGUUGCACACUGCCGGCCGGUGCCAUACUUAUAUUUUGUGGGUUCCAGGUGAAUGCUUCGAGAUACGCAUCAAUUGUUCUUGGUGUACUAUUGAUCGUUAUUUUGUGGUGGGCAAGGAAUUGGUUGACUAGGAUUAUCACUGUUAUUUCAGUGGGAAUAAUUGUGGCCCUAUGGUUCAUUGAAAACGGGGCAGGAUUGAGAUAUGUUGUCUUGUUUAUUGGGUGA